CCUAUGACGACCAGUUCAAAGAGGCAGGUUCCGACACGUGUCGGGAACCUCGGCCUAUUCUUCUCUCUCAUUUAUAAACAGAAGAGGGCGUCUUCGAAAGAAGAAACAAAAAGAACAAGAAAAUGGAGAAGGGCAGUGGAAGAAAGGUGAUGGAUGAGAUUAGAAGGUUCGAGAAGCUUCCACUGUUCGAUUUGGGCCACCCUCUCCUCGAUCGCAUCGCCGACUCCUUCGUCAAAGCCGCCGGCAUCGGAGCUGCGCAGGCCGUGUCGAGGGAAGCUUAUUCCACGGUCUUCGAAGGGACAGGACUCGAUUCCAGUGUCCCGCCUCCAUCGGAAGUGUCGGCUUCCAAGAAAAAUCGUUUCCCUAAUCUCAAUGGAGAAAGCAGCACUAAAUCCCUUGAAGCAUUGGUGAAGAACACAGGGAAAGAAUCUAUGCAAUGGGGUCUAGCUGCAGGAUUGUACUCAGGUCUCACCUACGGUCUGAGCGAGGCUCGUGGAGCUCAUGAUUGGAAAAACAGCGCGGUGGCGGGAGCGUUGACGGGCGUGGCGAUGGCUAUGACGUUGUCAGAGAGGACAACCCACGAGCAAGUUGUUCAGUGUGCUCUCACCGGCGCCGCCAUCUCCACCGCCGCUAAUCUCCUUUCCGGUGUUUUCUGAGUUCAGAAGAGAUAUGAAUAGGAAAAAAAGACAGCAUGUUAUCUUAUGUUUUCUUUACGAAGACAUGGCACUUUUUUGUCAGGUUUUUUGGAAUAUAUCCAAAAAAUAAUCAUCGAUAUUUUUUCUAGAUGUUGCAGAGAGAUAUCGACACCAUUGAAUGUUGUAAUAAGCUCAAAGUGAAAUGUCAAAUCUGUUCAUGUAA